AUGAUUCAUUAUAACUCUAUUCACUCCCCCUAUUUUGACACAAAUGCUGCCGAAUAUAGGGACUUGCAUAUUUCCUUAUCUCGCUUAAGAUACUUGAAGGUGACAAUGCAAGAAUAUUUGAAUCUGACAGUACAAUAUGAUUCAAAUGAUUCAAAUGAUGAUUCAGAUAAUGAUACUGAUUUCGAGACUGGAAUUUUUGUUAACACAUCAAUACCUGUGUUUUUGGUGGGUUUCAACUUUGGUUCACGGGAGGCUGCUCAAUUGGUUGCGUUGGAUACUGGUAGUAAUCUGCUUUGGGUUCAGUGCAAACUUGAUAGAGGCGGCAAUAGGACAUUCUAUAGAAACUAUUGGCCUGCGGAGUCUUCAACAUAUUCUGUUAAUGUGAGGUGCGUGGACUUUUAUUCUUCUACUCCAUUGACAUGUAUUCCAACACCCACUCUCUGCUGGUAUGUAUUGAAAUAUUUGGGUGAAGUCAUUGUCCGUGGAAAUCCUGCAUUUGAACGAUUUAUUUUCGGUUCAUCAUUUGACAACCAACCAGCGCAUGAGUUAAAUCCGUUAUUUGGAUGUACUAGAAAAAAUAGCUAA